AUGGCCUCCUUAUUGUCUGAGGUGCAAUUUCAGUGCAGCAUCUGUCUGGAGAGCUUCAAAAACCCUGUGUCUAUUCCAUGUGGACACAAUUUCUGCCUGGAAUGCAUCAAACACUACUGGGAUGUGGUGCAUAGGUCAGAUUGUCCGCUGUGCAAAGAAAACUUCAAAAAACGCCCCGAACUCAGGAUCAAUGUGGGCUUAAGAGAAAUCACUGAAAAUUUUCAAAGAUCUGUGAAGGAAAGACAGGCACACAGACCAGUUCCAGCAAAGAGACACCACAUUAAAAGACAGUCCUCCAAGCCUGAGCCUGUUCCUUGUGACAUCUGCCAGGAAAACAAAUUAGCAGCUGUCAAGUUCUGCCACGUCUGCCAGGCGUCGUACUGUGAAAAUCAUCUGGCACCUCAUCUAAGGGAUCCAGUGAUGGUGAAGCACAGGCUGACUGAUCCAGCAACCUUCAGCAAGAGUCCCCUCUGCAGACAUCACAACAAGGUCCUGGAGAAGUUCUGCAAGAAAGACCACAUGCCUGUUUGCAUGACUUGCAUAGAGAAGGAUCACAAACAUCAUGAGCUCGUGCCAGUGGAGAAGGAGAUCAAUAGGAUCAAGACGAAGGUGAAGAAGACUCAAGAGCACUAUCAACACAUGAUGCAGAGCAGAUUAAAAAAGGCUGAAGAAAUCAACGAGUCAGUGGAGCUGAGCAAAAGAAAUAAAGAAAAAGAUAUACAGACAAGUGUUCAGGCUGCCACGAAGAUGAUAAGCGUAAUUGAGGAAAACCAGGCUUUGCUCAUCGAGGAGAUCGAACGGAAGCACGAGGCAGCUGAGAGGAAAGCGGAGGAGCUUCUCAAGGAGAUCAACCAGGAGGUCAAUGAACUGGAGAACAGAAGCAGCGAGCUGGAGCACCUGGAGCACACUGAGAACCCAUUUCUCCUCCUGCAGAGCUCUUCACAUCUGAGCGCCCCAGCGUCUAUCAAGCACUGGUCUGAUGUCAAAGUCCAGUCAGAAAACUACAUAAUGACUGUGAGGAAAACCUUCUCCAAACUGGCCGACAUCUGCCAUGAACUUGAGAAGGAAAUGUCGGCAGAAGAAGUAAGCAGGGCGAACAAAUAUGCAGUGGAUGUGACUCUGGAUCCUGCUACUGCUGCUGGCUGGCUCGUCCUGUCCCCGGACAGUAAAACGGUGAGCCUGAGCUCCUUGAAUUUCAGGAACUUGCUGCCCGACAACCCCCGCAGGUUCGACUCCUGCGUCGCCGUCCUGGGGAAACAAAGCUUCACAUCUGGGAAACAUUACUGGGUAGUUCAGGUUGGGAAUAAAAGAGAUUGGGAUCUUGGUGUGGCCCGGGAGUCCAUCAACAGGAAGGGGGCCAUCACAGUUUGUCCCGACAACGGUUACUGGGCGAUAUGUCGACGCAAAGGCGGCAGUCUGUGUGCCUGCACUGGGCCCUCCAUCACCCUUCACCUGAAUGAAAUUCCUCAGAAAGUUGGUAUAUUCCUGGACUGUGAAGAAGGGGUGGUGUCUUACAACACGGAGGCAAAGACUCAUGUUUAUACUUACAGUGGGCUCACUUUCACAGAGCCGCUGUAUCCGUACUUUAACCCCUGUCUUCAUGACAACGGGCUGAACACAGCCCCACUGGUUAUCUGUCCAGUCGAGGAUGCUGUCAGUGUAGAUCCUGAAGUAAUUUAAACAAGAGACUCUGAUCAUCCUCUUUAACGUCUCAAGAGUAACCAAAUUACAGUAUUUAUCUGGGUAAGGAUGAUGCUGUAAUCUGUGAAUGCAAACAGAAAGCACUUGGAGCAGAAUACAGGAAAUAUUUGUAUCCAAAGUGUAGAGCAAAACUCCCACAUGUUAUCCAGAUACAGAUCAGGUGGUAGUACCAGGAUCAGGGUUUCUGCCAGUCCAU